AUGGGUCGCACCCUCAAAAUUCCAAUUUCGAACCGUAUGAUGGAUUCGCCUUUCAAUUCGUUACUUCGCCAAGUGGCAGAGGGAGCCCCAGAAGCUGCCACUGAAAGGAAAGCGCUGUUAGCUUCUGCCAAAGAGCUGGUGUUGGCUCUAGAACGCCCAGACGAUGUCAUCGAGCGAGUUUGCGUCCAACUUUUGGAAACAUCAACUAUCAAAAUCGCCGUUGAGUUGGGUAUAUUCAAACUGCUUAAUGAUGAAGCAACGCCCGCUCCUUCAGCGGCAUCCAUUGCCAGAGACACAAAUUCAGAUCCUGUUCUCAUCGCUCGUAUCAUGCGCUGUCUUGCGGCCUUUGGAGCAGUAAAAGAAGACGGAGGCAGUGGAUUUCUUUCCACAACUUAUCAAAACCCUACGGACCCAAAAGUCACCGCUCUCGGAAAGGCCAACAAGGUUACUGGAGUGACACCCAUGGAUAUCUUCUUCGGCAGCCCCCAUCUGAACGCGUUUGUUCUCUACAUGGGUACUUUCACCAUGGGUCAUAAACAAUGGACUGAGGUAUUUCCUGUAGAGGCAAAAAUGAUCCAAAGACUUCAAGCUGGAGAGGACUCCGUAACGAUGGUCGAUGUUGGUGGAGGGUUCGGUCACCAGGCCAACCUGUUGAAGGAUACUUUCCCGACUUUACCUGGAAAGCUUGUGGUCCAAGACCUUCCCCAGAUGAAAGGAGAGGACCUUCCAGGCAUCGAGUUUCAAGCUCACGAUUUCUUUUUGGAACAGCCCAUCAAAGGCGCUCGAGUCUAUUACCUUCGUUUCAUCGUACACGAUCAUGACUUUUCCCGCAAUCUCAAAAUACUGACGAAUCUGCGUCAAGCCAUGGAACCAAGCUACUCACGACUGCUUGUCAACGAGUGGGUUAUACCAGAGAGAGGAGCUUCUCGAUUUAUGACUAUUGAGGAUAUGAAUAUGAUGGCUCUUUCAGGCAUGGAACGCACAGAGAGGCAACACGGAGAGCUUCUCGAGGCAGCCGGUCUGAAAAUAUCUAACAUCUUCUACGCAAACGAUUCCUUUACAUACUCUCUCCUUGCCCUCUCCAGCACCAAACGUCUCAAUGCCUCCACCUCAAUGCAAAAACCGCUUAUGAGAAUACCCUACACGGGCCCCCUCCCUCCUCCUAGCAUCAUACCACGAAAUGCAAACACCAUCCCCGGCGCCGUCGCAGCUCUAUCUCGAUUCCUAACAGCCCCGCCGUCGCGGUCCCUCGUAGCAGGACAUGGAGACCCAAAAUCUACGGUUGUGUUGUCAGGAGCGGGAAUAUCGGUAGCGUCUGGACUGGCAGAUUAUCGGGGCACGAAUGGGACUUAUAGGGUUAACAAGACGUAUCGGCCGAUUUACUAUCACGAAUUCCUGGCGAGCCAUGAGGCGAGGAAAAGAUAUUGGGCGAGGAGUUUCUUGGGGUGGACUAAUUUACAUAAAGCAAGGCCGAAUAUAGCUCAUUAUGCUGUCAAGAAUCUUGGGGAUAUGGGAUUUGUGCGGAGCGUGGUCACGCAAAACGUGGACUCUUUCCACUCAAUCGCACAUCCUGAGCUUCCGACUCUAGAGCUCCAUGGAUAUCUGCGAGCGCUGACUUGUGUCACAUGUCAUAACGACCUUCCUCGAGACGUAUUCCAAGAGUCGCUUGCAAGAUUGAACCCGGCAUGGGCGGCAUUCUUGAAAGAAGCAAUUGUCUCGGGAGCACUCGAUACCGAAAACCCCGAAGAACGCCGCGCGAAGGGCAUGAAGACGAACCCGGAUGGUGAUGUUGACUUGCCAGGAGCGCCCUACACCACCUUUCGUUAUCCCGCCUGCCCACACUGCCUUGCAAAUCCGCCUAUAGCUGGUGAUGGUAAACAAACCAAAGUGGAGGUUGAUCAGGAAGGUGCUUGGGCUCCGUCAAGUACAGCAGGCAUUUUGAAGCCCGCUGUGGUGAUGUUUGGCGAGAGUAUAGCUGCUCGAGUCAAGGAAGCCGCAGAAGAAGCAAUUGAUGGUUCUGGGAGGCUCUUGAUUCUUGGCACAUCUCUUGCGACAUAUUCCGCUUGGCGAUUGGCGAAAAGGGCGAAGGAGCGUGGUAUGCCAAUAGGCAUAUUGAACCUUGGUGGAGUGAGGGGUGAAGAGCUAUUCUUCAGAGACCUGCCCAUGGGCCAUCUUGGAGAUGCCGGAUGUCGAGUGGAGAUGGGAACAGAUAAAGUUCUCCCAGACCUUGUCAACCAGCUGAGACGCACCGGUUUUGCAAAUAGUGAGACAUCCGUUCCAACAGACGGACAGAGGACGAAUAGCAGAAUCUUUAAAGACAUGCUGUCGUAA